CCCAGAAAUCAGUCCAAUGCGGCGAAAGUGGCCGCCGAUGGCGACCCUAAGGCCAAACGCGAGCGCCGCGCGGCUGAGACCACGCAAUCAUUUGUGAUGAACCUGUUCUGCGGCGAAGGCAAAGUGAUCCAACAGUUCCCAUACCCGCAAGUGCUCGACGCCGAAGAGAUCCAAAUGGUAGAGAUGGUGACCGAACCCAUGACUAAGUCGUGGAAACCGGAGGACGCGCUGAGGUUUGAGGAGAAUCACGCGUACGACGAGAAACUGUGGACAAUGUUGAAGGAGAUGGGCUCGUUUGGCAUACAAGUGCCCCCAGAGUACGGCGGCAUCGGAUUCAAUAACACACAAUACGGCCGUUUGGGCGAAAUCAUGGGUCGCUAUGAUCUCAGUUUGGGUGUCGCGUUGGGCGCCCACCAGUCCAUCGGGUUUAAGGGUAUACUACUGUACGGCACCGACGCCCAGAAGAAGAAAUGGUUGCCAGACUUGGCCGCCGGCAAAAAGAUUGCCUGUUUUUGUUUAACGGAGCCGUCGGCCGGUUCGGACGCGAGUGGUAUCCAAACAAAGGCCGUCCUCUCAGCCGACGGCAAACACUUUGUAAUGAACGGCUCGAAGAUCUGGAUCUCGAACGGAGGCAUUGCCGACAUAUUUACAGUAUUCGCCAAAACACCCGCAGCGGACGGCGGCAAAGACAAAGUGACCGCUUUUGUGGUCGAGAGGGGUGCGGGCCUGACCUCAGGGCCGCCCAACAAGAAGAUGGGUAUAAUGGCCUCAAACACUACCGAAGUAUUCUUCGACAAUGUGAUGAUUCCCGUGGAGAACGUGUUGGGACAGGUGGGCGGCGGUUUCAAAGUGGCCAUGAACAUACUGAACAACGGCCGGUUCGGUAUGGCCGGCGCACUCGCAGGUUCAAUGCGGACGUGUAUAGAGAAGGCCACAGAACACGCCAACACCCGAACCCAAUUCGGACAAAAGUUGUCCACUUUUGGUGAUAUUCAAGAGAAGAUCGCGCGCAUGACUCUUAAGCAUUACGUCACCGAAUCCAUGGCUUAUAUGCUCAGGUAUUUACACAUACCAUUCCCUUCUCUCAUAAUAGAAGCUUACAUAUGUGCUAAAAUACGACGACUGGCCGACGCGGCCAUUGAUAUCUACGCCUCUGUAGUAGUGCUGAGCCGCGCGUCCAGAGCUCUGGAGAAGAACCUGUCGAGCGCUGGGAUUGAGAAGAAGAUCGCGGAUCUGUUUUGCAAUGAGGCAUCGGUACGGAUAGCGACAAAUCUGAGUCAACUUCGAGGCACUCAAGACCUGAAGAACUACUCGACAAUGAAAGCGAUCGCCGAAGAGGUGCUCAACAACGGCGCAACAAAUCUGAGUCAACUUCGAGGCACUCAGGACCUGAAGAACUACUCGACAAUGAAAGAGAUCGCCGCAGAGGUGCUCAACAACGGAGGGGUUGUCCAGAAUCACCCCCUGGGCUGA